GCCCUGCCGGCAGGGGAGGGGCGGGGCGCGGUGGCCAAGCCCGCCGCGAUUUGCCCCCGCAGCCGGCCCAGGUGCGGCGGAGGCGCUUCUCCUCCGGACCCGGGGAGGUGGAGACGUGGGACGGACCUCAUGGAGGCUGCUAUCCCGGAGAGCGGCAGCGGAGGAGCCGCGGUGCAGGGGCCCGAGGGACGGCUGGCGCCGGACGCCAGGGUGCACUUCCGCGUGACGAGGUUCAUCAUGGAGGCAGGAGUCAAGCUGGGGAUGCGAUCCAUUCCCAUUGCCACUGCCUGCACCAUUUACCAUAAGUUCUUCUGUGAGACCAACCUGGACACCUAUGAUCCUUACCUGGUUGCCAUGUCUUCCAUUUACUUGGCGGGCAAAGUGGAGGAGCAGCACCUGCGUACCCGUGACAUCAUCAAUGUGUCCAACAGGUACUUCAACCCCAGCAGUGAACCUCUAGAGCUGGACUCCCGCUUCUGGGAGCUGCGGGACAGUGUCGUGCAAUGCGAGCUCCUCAUGCUGAGAGUUCUGCGCUUCCAGGUCUCCUUCCAGCACCCUCACAAGUACCUGCUCCACUACCUGCUUUCCCUCAAGAACUGGCUGAACCGCUACAGCUGGCAGCGGACCCCCAUUGCCAUCACUGCCUGGGCCCUGCUGCGGGACAGCUACCACGGGGGGCUGUGCCUCCGCUUCCAGGCUCAGCACAUAGCUGUGGCAGUGCUCUUCCUGGCCCUGCAGGUCUAUGGAGUUGAGGUGCCUGCUGAAGCUGAGGCUGAGAAGCCAUGGUGGCAGGUAUUUAGUGACGACCUUACCAAGGCAAUCAUUGAUAAUAUUGUGUCUGAUCUCAUUCAGAUUUAUACCAUGGACACAGAGCUCCCCUAAAGCCCUGGCUCAGGCCUGCCCAAAGAGAAGCCCAGGAUGGUCGGCUGCCUGGGGAUGGUGCCACCACAUCGCCAUGAUGGCUGGUCCCCAGAGGACAAGCUGGGAGGACUGAUUGUGCUGCUGGAGAUGGGCUGGUGAAGGCGAUGACACAUGCUGCCACUUUGUCGCCAGCAGUCAUGGUCCAGAUGAUGAUGGGAGCCACCCCUCCAGUGGGCAGGCUGGGAGCACACUGUGUGCAGCUCACAUGAGGCAGCCACAUCUGCCCUUGUCCUUUGAGAGGACUCUGGCUACAACUGUGGCAUGACAUCAUUGCAAGGACAGUCAGAAACAGAUGGCACUGUGCCCCUAGGGAUUUUUAAAAGCUAGCUUGUAGGAAGCGUGAAUGUGCAACAGAGGUGGGACUUUAUUUUGUGUAAUAAAAGAUGA